AAUCUCAUUAACUGCUGUGUAUUUGGAGCUUCUGACCUGGUUUACAUUAACUCUUGAGGUUUAUUAUGGACUAUAUGUGUGAUUAUCCAGUUAUAAGUGGGACUAAACCUUUUAUCUGCUGUAGUUGGUCUCUGCUGGCAGUAUUUCAGUUAAGCAAUUACUUUGGACCAGAGGCCAGCAGAGGGCCUGGGGCCUGUUUCACACCUGGACCACUGUGCCUGCCCCUAUAAGAUCCUGAGAUGAAAUCACAUGACGAGGGAGAGGGAUAGAGAGAGAGAGAGAGACAGAGACAGAGGAGCUGUGAAUGGGAGACGACAACGAGCUCAGACAGAUACAAGGACACACACUCAUGCUUCUCUCCCUUCGCUGUAGCAUACAUUACUCCAGCUGCAGUCAUAACGAUGCAAGAGGGGCUGAUGGGAGGGAGGAUAGCGGAGUGAGGCAGGCAGGGCGGGGCUGCUGAGUGACAGAGCGGGAGGCAGGAGAGCGAGGAGGAAGCUGCUCAACAGACGACCAAGAAACAGAGGGAGGAGGAAGAGAGAGAGAGAGAGAGAUCCACAGGACGUGAGAGCCGGCACCAGAGGAGGGGGGGGGGGCUUCCAGACUGGAUGGGCCCAGCGAUGCCUUGAUGGAGUAUGGGCCAGGUUUUAGGAUUCUCCCACUGCCAGGAAUAUGGCUCUGUGGCAUCCACUCCAGACUCAACGCCUCCCUGCACCGAUGGCGGAAAUGAAGAGUCGGAGAUGUGCGAGCUGCAAACAGCCAGGGAAUGGUCUGAUGAUGAGGAGGGAGGAGAUGGGGAUCCAGAUGAUGACGAGGGAUUGGCUUCGUCCCCGUCGAUCUGGGGCACGCCGCGCCAGAACUCCUUCGAGCUGACUUUCUCUUACAUUGCCAUCGCUGAGCCCGAAGCAGUGGGAGCGUCGCGACACCUUCGCGACCGACGCAGGGCCGGCUCUCGCGGAAGUCGCACUCCUUUGAUCCGCACGGACACCCUGGAAACACUGUUAGACUCCCCGGAUGUAGACUGGGACCCUGAAGCCUUCCUCAGUCAAGAGGAAGAAGAGGAAACAUCAGAGAGGAGAGAGCAGGAGAGGGGGGAGGCUAGGGCAGCGAGUGCAGCGUUGAGAAGGGAGCAGCACAGACAAACUGACACUAUUACAAUCCAGCCCUCUCCCCAAAGUCUAGACCCAGAAAGAGAGGAGCCCCUGAGCAGUCAGACCCAGAGUGUCCAGCCUCCCUCUCCGUCCCUCUCUUCCCAGCAUCAGAGCCCCUCACAGAUACUCCUGGCAGCAGCAGCCUCACCGACCCCCGAGCCAGAGUCUCCCAUCACCAGGGAAACAAUUUCUGUCAAGCUGCUCACAUCUGUGCGACCCAGAGGCCCGGCAUCCUCGUCGCCAGCUGCCAUUGGUCUAAACUCUCAGGAACAGCUGGUCAGCGAUCACUGGUUUUCAGCGCUUAACCUAUCAGAGGACCCGACAGUAUGCACCCUCAUAGCAGUGAUGGACCUGAUCUACUGGAAGGACACAGAGCGGACAGGCAUGGUGCUAACAGGGUUAGUAGUUGGCCUGCUGUCCCUGUUCCAGCUCAGCAUCAUAACUGUGGUCUCCACAGUCUCCCUGGCUGUCAUGUGCUUCACCAUCUCAGUGCGCAUCUACUACCAACUCCUCUACAUCCUCAACUGGGGCGAUGGACAACACCCCUUCAAGUCAUACUUGGACCUGGACAUCAGUUUCAGUGGCGAGGAGGCCGAUCUCUAUAUGCAGAAAGCAAUCGUCAUGACUCUGUCUGCUGUCGAAUCUCUGAAGGGACUCUUUUUUGUUGGAAACCUCUUUGAGUCACUUAAGCUCCUGGUUCUGUUGUACCUUGUGACGUACCUGGGAGACCUGUGCAAUGGCCUUACUCUGCUCAUCAUCAGUGUGAUCGCUGUCUUUUCUCUGCCACUUUUCUACAGACAACGCCAGGAGCAGGUGGACACCUACAUUGCAAAAAUCCAGGCCAACUUUGACAACAUCAAGGACACCUUUCAAAGACUUGCCCAUGGUGGUGGCCCUCCUCCUGACCCAACUCCCGGUGGCGCCAAACCCAAAGGCCAGUAAACGCUGAUGGAGAAGAACUUAAAGAAAAGCUCCCCAGAGUUACAGGCUGUCACUCAGAUGUCUUACCCAGCAGUCAGUGCUCCAGAGAAACGGAGCUCCAGAGACUGGGGAAGGGAAGGGAGGUUACUUAAUAAAUGGACAAUGAUGAGGAUCACGCAUGGUACUUUAUACUCUAACUGUAUCUAAGUUAUGGGGUCAGAGGUUGGGGUUUUGGGUUAAAACUUAAUCAAGGUGAAAUCAAGGUGUAUGAAUCCUGGAUGAGACUCUUGCUGCUGGCGUCAGAGGUGGAAAGAUUCAACGACACAGCUCGUCACACGUGACCAUCCUUGGAAAUACUGUUUUUAAUAUAUAAAAAUGACUCAAGAAGUGUCUUAGAUUGUUGAGAGCUAUAGUCCAAAUGAUGUACUAAGACCAGGAAGCUUCCACACCGACAGCUACUCACCCGAGGAAAAGGGAAGUCAGUUGUUAAGGUGAUUUAAGUGAGGGGACAAAUACAGGGGGUCAUCAUUAUUCAUGGCAACAUAAAAAAAAAAUGGCAAUUAAGGAUGCAUGUGUCAGCGCAUUUACUUUUCUGGCUGCAUUUUCAUUCUCAUGACAGUUUAUCUGGAUGUAUGCGCGUGUGAGUUUGUUUGUGUGUGUGUGUGUGUAUGUGUGUAAUUCCUGACAUACAGCUCGCUGAAAUGAAACCUAAAAGCAAUUAAAGUCACAUUUCUUCUAUCUUUA